AAAAUUAAAUAUCAAAAUCCUUUUCAUUUCUCAUCUCUGCUGAGAUCAUAUGGCUUCCUAUAUUCAAGCUCGUUUCUUUAAUCGACAAGUGGAAGAUUCUUGUCCAGCAAAUAGGCUUAUGAUAUCUAAGAGAAGAACCAGAAAUGCCCAUGCAGCUUGUGCUCAACUUUUGCCUAUGGAAAAUACUCCCAACUCCGGAAAAUUGGACCUCAACAAACCAAUGAUGGGAACACAGCAAGUUCCCAUUAAUGUGCCAGCAAUCAUCUCUGGAAAAUUUGGGAGGUUUGGAGGCAAGUUCGUGCCUGAGACUCUCAUUGCAUGCUUGAAGGAGCUUGAAGCUGAAUUCAACUGGGCCUUAGAGGACCCUGAGUUUCAGAAUGAACUUCAAACAGCACUAAGAGACUACAUAGGAAGGGAGACACCUCUGUACUUUGCAGAGCGGCUCACAAAUCACUACAAGAAUGAAGAUGGACAUGGACCAGAAAUUUACUUGAAGAGAGAAGAUCUCAACCACUGCGGAGCACACAAAUUGAAUAAUGCGAUUGCUCAGGCGAUGAUUGCCAAACGCAUGGGUCUGAAAAGUGUUGUGGCGGCCACUGGGGCUGGACAACAUGGAGUUGCAACUGCGGCUGCAUGUGCCAAGCUUUCUUUGGAGUGUACUGUUUUCAUGGGCAUUUCAGACAUGGAGAAACAAAACUCAAACGUACUCUUGAUGAAACUAUUAGGAGCUGAGGUUAAAGGUGUGGAAGGAAAUUUUAAAGAUGCAAGUUCACAGGCAAUCAGGGAAUGGGUGGGAAAUUUACAGACAACCUAUUACUUGACAGGUACUGUAGUGGGGCCUCAUCCUUGUCCAAGCAUGGUCCGCGAGUUCCAGUCAGUGAUAGGAAAGGAAACGCGGAGGCAAGCGAUGGAGAAAUGGGGUGGCAAGCCAGAUGUCCUGCUUGCCUGUGUAGGGAGUGGAUCUAAUGCACUGGGGAUAUUCCACGAAUUCAUAGGAGAUGAAGAUGUGAGGUUGAUAGGAGUUGAGGCUGCUGGGUUUGGUUUAGAUAGUGGGAAACAUGCUGCUACUCUGGCUAGAGGAGAAGUGGGAGUUUACCAUGGAGCCAUGAGCUACUUGUUGCAGGAUGAGGAAGGCCAGAUAAUAGGACCACACUCUAUUGGUGUGGGGCUAGAAUACCCAGGAGUUAGCCCAGAACUAAGCUUUCUUAAAGACACAGGACGUGCAGAGUUUUAUUCUGCAACAGAUGAAGAAGCUGUAGAAGCAUACAAAAGGCUUAGCAGAAUAGAGGGUAUAAUUCCAUCUCUGGAGGCAUCUCAUGCAUUGGCAUUUCUGGAGAAACUUUGUCCAACUUUACCCAGUGGCACUAAGGUCAUAGUAAACUGCAGUGGUCGUGGAGAUAAAGAUGCUGCAACUGUCUUAAACUACCAACAAUAUUCAAUGUAAACUGUAGAUGGUAAAUAAGCAUUCAUUCCGCUGCGAAAUAAUAAAAGGCUAACUUCAUGAGGCGUGAAGGAAAUGAUGAAUUUUAACUUCAUAUUAUCAUUGUAUCAAUGCUUGAGUAUCUCAAAUUAAGGGUUUUUUUUUUU